AUAUACAGUAGCCUAUUUAGGGAAAAAGCUUUCUAGAUACUAAACAAAUAAAACGUUUGCAUAAUGAAGGGCUCUUAUUUUAUGUUUACACGAAAGACACAUGCACGCGUUAAAUUAUGUCAUUGUGAGCUCAUUUGUUGUAUGCGCUCAAUAAAAAUUUAAAUACUUUCCCCUAAUGGCCAGCAGGAUGUGCUGUACCCUCUGUAUAUUGAUUAUUCGUUUCUUUUCCAUAAUAAACUCCGCAAGUUCUCUCUGUCUAACAUACUUGUGUGCACUUUCACGAAGCUUCGGUCCUCUUGUCUAUCUCAACCCUAUAAUAACUUUAUGGCAAAAACGACAUAUCGGUGCAUACAGGAUACAACUGUCUUUGUUGUUAUCAAUGGGAGAUGAUGAAGACGUCUUGAUCAAUGCGCAAAUAGAUGAAGGUUCAAGGCACGACAGGAAAUAUACAAAAAUAUGGGCAAACUCCAAUCAAAACAUGCCUGUAAACGCAGAGAAAAUCCUGAAGGUGGUAGUUUUGCUGCCAAUGUGCUCACCUGUCAGAGAGAGCUGGAAUGUACGGACCUCCACACCCACCAAAUCAGAUUCAAGCGGGAAUUGUGCAGAAGGGAAGUGAAGGAUGAGCAGUCCCUGAACGAUAAGAGCCCCCUACAGGUGGUACUGCCAUCAGAGAAGGGAGGGGAGAAGGAGAGAGAGAGCUACAUCCACAUUCCAUUCAGACAGCCCAGGAAGAGGAACAGCCACGUUGAUGACACAGAGUGCAAUGUGGUGUCGGAGGAUAACACUCGACAGGAGUGGAUCUUCACACUGUAUCACUUUGACAACAGUGGUAAAGUCACCAAGGAGGAUAUGUCCAGUCUCAUGCAGUCCAUCUAUGAGGUGGUUGAAGCGUCGGCCAUGCAGCCUUCAUGUAACAGCACAGCCCUGAAGGUCAAACUGGUGGUGGCCCCCUCCAGCAGCUCCAGAACAGGGGACAGAAUAGAGGAAGUCCAGCAGGAGGAGGCAGGGAGCCCAGAGAGGACUUUUCACUGUGUGGAUGAAAACACAGAACGCAGGAACCACUACUUAGACCUAGCUGGGAUAGAGAACUAUUCCUCCAAGUUUGACGAUGCAGACGCCCCCUCUCAGGUGCCCAGACCGGACGCCCGCUCAUACCAGCAGCGCCACUCAGUGGUGGUGGGGAAGAACUGCGGCCCUACAGAGUCCAGAGGCAGGGGCCUUUCCUUCCUCAGGUCUCUCAGGGGCCAAGCCAAGGUAGUGGGGGGAGACAGAGGAGGGGGAGGAGGAGGAGGUAGGGAUAAAUCAAGCAAGCUCCAUGGCCACCACCCCUCCAAAUGGUGCCACCCCUCUCAGCCAUACUCCCAGCCCCAACUCCCCUUACAGCACAGCCAGAGCAAGAGGCUUCGCUCCAGGGCCAGAGAGGCUGGGUCCCCCUCCAGAACCCUACUCAAUGUGCAGCGAGAGAGUGUGGUGCUGUCCAGCCUGCCUGCCUCCUCUGGGGGCUUGAUCCCCUUGGUUCAGAGGCAUGAACACCACCACCACCAUGAGCACCAUCACCACCACCACCACUACCACCCCCCAGCAUGACUGCAGUCUGCACUCCACUCAGGGAUACAGAGACUGAGAGACACACCUCCCUGUGGUUUAGCCUAUAGCUAGGGCCCUGUGUGGUUUCUGGUCAGAUCAGGUGGGCCUAAAUAUAGUAUAGGGCUGUGGGACACAAUCACUCUCCAUACUAAGGAAUAAUAGUAACUCUGUACAAAAAUGAGCUAAUGUGCCUUGUAUUGGUGACUGAGUUUCAUGUUGAAUGUGUCAUGUUGAAUAUUCUACUCACCUUUCGAAGCCCUCUAGACUGAAGUUUCUUCUCAGGUUUCUAUAGAUGACCACUUUCAUUUAAUAUAAUGAUUUAAACAGUCACAAUGUACGUAUGAGAGUAAAUGCAGUAUGUUUUGUAUCGUCUGUAUUUUGAUGUAUGAAAGCAUGAUACACUUUGCUUGUGAUCAUUGUAGUGUGUCAAUUGAAAAAAGUCACAAUCUAAUGAAGGCUGAUGCUUUCAGAUUUGGGAAGAAGAAAAAUGUAAAACAAUUUGUAAGAAGUAAUAAAGUGAUACA